UUAUUUCUUCUUUUGAUCUCUGUGCAAGCAUCCUUUUUUCACAUUCUUCGAUCUUUGCAGUUUUCACGCGAACCGCCGAAAUUGCGAGAAAAGCUUCGAGUUGCAGUUUAAUCUGAGCUUUGUUUUUGGAUACUUCGUGUCGGGAUCUUCUCAUAUAACUAAAGAGUUUAUUUGACAGAAUAAAUCAGCAUGCCUUGGACGUCUUCUUUUGUUAACUACAACAGGAAGUGUGUACGCAUAGUGGUUUUCUUCCGUGUCAUACUGUAAAUUUGUUUCUUCUGUGGUGAUAUUCCUUUCCUGUGUGAAGGGGUUCUUUUCGUUUCAAUCGUCCUGGUCCUAAGUGAUAUACUGGUUUUGGAGGAGUGAGAAUGUACGUUGUGGUUAACCUGAAGAGAUAUCGAGCAGUGAAGGAAGUGGGAAAUUUUACAAUGAAUGUUAGGAUCAUUGCGUAUUACCAACUGAUGAAAGUUUGUCAGGCCGAGUAUUUCCGUCAGUUGCUUAAGCCUGUUACGUAGUUUAGAUAUUACGUAGCUCCAAGACAUAGAAAGUGACUGCCCUUUGCUUUAUUAAGUCAUUAAUUGGGAGGCAGUUGAAGAUUUGGAGUAUAUGUUUAUGGUGGCUGUUAAAUUGGGAUAGACAGCUUUCUUGUACAAUGAUGACAAUAGCUUAAGUACCCCUUUCAUCAUUUGCUUCAUACCAUUUUCACUGGGUAGGCCUCCUGAUACCUUAGAAAAUCUGCUCCCCAAUAAACCAAGCAACUCCCUACUUAAGGCCAUCGCUGCACCAAUUCAUUCUUACUGUGUUCGAGUGUUCAGCAAAAACCGCUCAUGCAGAGUGACCAACAAGUUUACCAACAAAAGGUGGUGUCACCUCAUGCAUAUCAAGUUGGUGGUAGUUGUAUGCAUAAUGGCUCUAUGGCUUCCCCUGCCCUGGGUAUAACUUUGCCUCCACCAACAAAGCAAUCAACACCCCUUCAUGGGGUAGAGCUGCAGCCUUUAGAAGUCUGUCCCAAGAACUUCAUCAUCUUCGACCAGAAUGAUAACAGAAGCCGGAUCAUGUUCCAUCCUGCACUUGCCCACAAAUUCAGUUUCCCUGGCUUUGAUAUCCAAGCAACUGACAUUGAAAAUGACGGUGGGAAGAACAAUGAGGACAGGGUGAACAGAGAUUCCUCUCCUACCUUCAAAGAGGACACGGAGGAUAUUGAUGCAUUGUUGAGUUUGGAAGAGGAAGAGCAGGAAGAUGGGGAUGAGGUUAGCACCGCACGAACUCUUGGCAGCUGUGGAAGCAAUUCAACAGAUUCAUGCUCAAACUAUGGUUCGAAACCAAGCAAGCGUAAGAUGAAUUCUUCUGUUCCGAAGUUGUGCUCUGGCUGCAGCAGCAGCAGCAGUAACAAUAGCAGCAACAGCAGUGAAAGGAAGCGGCUGAGGAUGAAAAAGAUGGUAAAAGCACUUCAGGGAAUUGUCCCAGGUGGUGACCAGAUGAAUACAGUUGCUGUUCUUGAUGAGGCUGUUAGGUACCUCAAGUCUCUGAAGGUGGAAGUGAAAAAGCUUGGUAUAGGGGAUUUGAAGAUGUGAAAGAAUGCCAUGGUAACAGAUAGUGGACUCUCCCUUUAUCUAUUUUAAUUUUGAAUAAUCUCUGUUUUAGUUAGGCUAUUAUCACUUUCACUUUCUAUAUCUGUAGUAUCUUUAACAGCAUGGAGGUUUUUGGGAGGAUGAUGAUGAUGACCGGAGAUAAGAUCAUGUGGGAAAGGCUUAUGAUGCUUUUGAUGGUGGGGUGGUGUUGUUUAUGAAUGCAAGGUUUGGUGUUUGGGCUGGAGGGGGGGGGGGGUGGAGUUUCAACUUUAAGGCUUUCUCUGACUGACCCUCUGGGAUUUAUUGUUCUUCGGGUUGGGACUUGGGAAGAAGGGUAGGGAUGGGAAGGAGGGAAUUUAACUUUUUCUUUCGCUUUGAUGGGGGAGGAGAGUGGUAUGGUGGGUGGAGGGAGUUAAUGUAAUCUGUAUGUUUUUUUUUUCCAACUUUCUUAUCAGUAUGUCAAAUCUCGUUUUCUGACUUUGGGCUGCUACUGGCUCUUUUAAUGCCAUAAUGUUUCUGUUAUAUAU